GGGGUGGGGGGGAAGCCGAGCAUUGCUUCAGCCUGGUCGGGCUCGGGGCUCCCGGCCGUCUGUCCGCGCCCGGGCGGCGGGGAGGGAUCCGGCUGGCGGCAGCCCCGCGCAAGGGCGGCACGGAGGGAGCCGGCUGGCGGCACGGCCCCACGGGAGGAAGGGAGCGGCGUGGGGCUCCGGCCGGGCUAGGGACCCGCUCCGCAGCAGGUUGAUUAAGUGAAUAGAGAAAAAAAAAGAAAAAAACGAAGCUGCUUUCAAGUAUUGAAGAUACAAGGCCAGGAUGAACACGAAGGACACAAAAGUGACUGAAGGAGGUCUCAAUGUCACGCUUACCAUACGCCUUCUCAUGCAUGGCAAGGAGGUUGGAAGCAUUAUCGGAAAGAAAGGUGAGACGGUUAAGAAGAUGAGGGAGGAGAGUGGUGCUCGAAUCAAUAUUUCAGAAGGCUCGUGUCCAGAGAGAAUUGUGACAAUAACAGGCCCAACAGAUGCAAUUUUUAAAGCUUUUUCUAUGAUUGCACUAAAAUUUGAAGAGGACAUAAACGCUUCAAUGACGAACAGCACGGUGACAAGCAAACCGCCUGUAACUCUGCGGCUCGUCGUCCCGGCAAGUCAGUGUGGAUCCCUUAUAGGGAAAGGAGGUUCCAAAAUCAAAGAAAUCAGGGAGUCCACAGGAGCCCAGGUGCAGGUGGCAGGGGACAUGUUGCCAAACUCAACGGAGCGCGCAGUGACUAUAUCAGGCACCCCCGACGCCAUUAUCCAGUGCGUGAAACAAAUAUGCGUGGUUAUGCUGGAGUCCCCACCCAAAGGUGCCACCAUACCCUACCGUCCCAAACCUGCCUCUGCACCUAUCAUUUUUGCAGGUGGCCAGGUAAGAGCAGACACCAUUUUGGCUUCAGCUGGAAACCACACCGUCUUGGCCCAACCUCAGCCAGCGCCUGCGUUCACGAUUCAGGGGCAGUAUGCCAUCCCUCAUCCAGACGUGAGUCCUGCGCAUUUGACCAAGCUUCACCAGUUGGCUAUGCAGCAUCCCCCCUUUACUCCCCUUGGGCAGACCACCCCUGGUUUCCCUGGACUGGAUGCCACUACUCCAACCAGUUCCCAUGAACUUACUAUUCCCAAUGAUUUAAUAGGCUGCAUUAUUGGCAGACAAGGCAGUAAGAUAAAUGAAAUCAGGCAGAUGUCAGGAGCGCAGAUCAAGAUUGCUAAUGCCACAGAAGGCUCCGCAGAACGACAAGUUACAAUCACAGGAUCCCCUGCAAACAUCAGCUUAGCACAGUACCUCAUUAAUGCAAGGAUAUGUUCUUCUCUUGGUGUUCAGGGAUUCCCCACACAUCGAGACGAGAAUAGACCCCUUCAUUUUUAGUUGCACAAACACCAUAUGGCAUGCAUCUGGAUCUCAGAAGAUAACAAUUUAAGAUCUUCAAGACAGCUAAAGCAUGCAAAUAAAAUAAUGCACUUAUUAAUGGCGUUGCAGUGAGCUGCUCACCAGAGACAGAAACUCUAGUGACCAAACCUCUGUUUGACUCACUUUAGAAAAUCCUGUGAACUCUCACACUUCUGUUUAUUACUGUUUAAUGAUUCUUUUGAUGGAAUGGGAAAUAUAUGAGGUCCUUUAACAUACUUUUGCAAAGAAGAAAACUUCUCAGCAGUCAUAUACCGCGGAUACUCUAUCUAUACCCUGUGAACCCAGGAACAAAAUAUUUUCUUCCUGCUGAAUUUCUAGAUAGAAGUCAUUUGUUACCAUCAUCUACAAUAAACCAUCAUAUAUUAUUAUGUACCAUGUGUUGAAACUGUAUUUAGAUGAAGUGACUUCAUUUGUAAAUGAAGACUCUUUAAGUAAUGUGUAAUAAAUUAAGCUCUAAGGUAACAUAGGACAUUAAGGUGGCUGUUUCAUUUUAAGAAGUGACACUGUUCCAGAUUUCUCCUUUCACAAGAGAAAUUCCUGUCCAGUUAGGUGCCCCCGCAGCAGCAGUGCUAACUCGCAGUGGCACUGGAGGAAGAGCUGAGAAGCUUUCAGGCAAGAGGGAGGACUGCUCCAGCUGGGGUUUAGGCGCUCGGGCAGGUUUUGAGAGGCAGAUCUAGGCUGCUGCUGCCUGUGCACGCUGGGAGCCAAUUUCAGUGUCUGUCAGUUCUAAAACUGUCACAAGUAAUGCCGUCUUUAUUAAAGAUGUUGGCGUCAAAUACACAAUGGUGGGGAAGAGCUGAGUACAGUACCUAGGCUGCCCAAGGUAUAGUCUGGUAUGUCAAAAUAAUAAUUAUAAUAAGUAAAAGCCAUAUAAGCAUUCAGGGUGAGGUGGGUUUAGUUUCCAGGGACAGUAUUUGUGCAAAAAUCAGUGUCUCACAGCAGCAUAAGAUGUAAGGAAGAAAAAGCUAUCCACCGUAUUCCUGAAACAAUCUGUGUGUAUCUUUAAACUAUCCUCCAACCAAAGUUGCCAUCUAUAGAAGAAUUUAUCGAGUUGUUUUAAGACUUUUAUUGCAAUCUGGUGUUGAAUAUGUACAUAAUAUACUCUAAAUUAUAGAUAUAUAAAUACAUUGAUACAAUAUCAAGACAGAGAUUUAAAUCUUUCUGAAGUAUUGUUUUGAUUCUGUAUUGAUCACCCGAGCGCUGACCUCUGUACGAGUAGAAUGUGUCCCAGCUUGUUUGCAGUAGAAGUGUCUUUUGUUCCUGUAAAAUCUUCUGUCUUUUAACUGGUCUCCAUUGUAGUAACUCUAUUUUCGUGAUCCAAUUCCAUCUUCUAGCUUUUAUUAAGAAUGAACCGCAGUUUAGGUUUCCUGUGUAAUAGCUGACUUUGGAUGGUAAAUGAACUGUAGCCAGCAGCACUUUCUCCUUGUUGAAGAGCAGUUUCUUGAAGAUAUUUUUUUACUGCCAUUUUGAUGAGAGGUUCAUUCACAGAGCUAACAGGACCGCCAAAGCCACGCUCGAGCUUUAUUCCUUUCACCAGUUUUGGGGUAUUGCAGGAUGUGGGCUUCAGUGUAUAUAUUCAUAAAGUGUAGUUCUUCAAAGGGACAGCAUAAAAUUGGCACCAUGAAAUUUUAUAUGAAGGCUGCCUCAUCCGCUUUCACAUUCAAUUUUCUUGCAUCUACAAUUGGUUUGGGAAACGGCUGCUGUCACAGGACAGCUCAUAGCUAACCUGAUCUACUUUCACUUUACGUGUUACUACCAGUAAUAAAUGUGAAGCAGGGCAAAUUAGAGCUUUAACUGUACCUCUGUGAGUACACCAGAGGCGGGGAGUUUGAGUGGCUGCUACCAACAGCAACAUUUAGCCUGUGGGAUCUAUUCUGUGGGUGCAGGAGAAAGCUCAAGCUCAAAUAGCAUCCACAUCAGUAGGAGGGGUUUUUCUGGUUUUGUUAAAUGUGAGGUAGGCAAAUUUGGAGUCACUGAAACACUGAGACUUGCAUUAUCUUUCUAUAUACCUCCCUCCCAGAAUAAAACUGACUCAGAAAUGUAAAAAAAAAUUCUAACUGUAUAAACUGAGUUUUUGAAAAUCUACUAAGGUCUCACCAUGCAACCCCUACACUCCAAGUCGAGGAUGCACGCUGGCGUUGGAUCCACCAUUUCAGUGGAUAGAAACAAGUUUUCUUGAUGUAAACCCCACUGUGCGAGUAGAUUGCAAGUAGCACAGCUAACAGCGUAAGGAUGCUCUUCUCUCUGCAAAGAGCAACUCCGCUGUGGAGGUUAGAAAAAAAUCUGAGAUGCUCAGCCACAGGCACAGAUAAGCACCACCGGGUAGGAAAACCAAAGCUUUACCUCCUACUACCACUUGCCCUCCCAGCCCCUCAGAGAAGACAUGAACCUUCCAAUUUCCCAGCAAGAGCUGAUGAGGCAUUAAUACUCCAAGAGCCCUCUUUCUUUUGCAGAGAGGAGAGGAGCUUGGUGCUUAAGCAUUUCCCUCUCUCCUCCACUCUCCUCUCCUGGCUCAGACCCACUUUGGGUAGCCUUUAGACUCACCUUCAGCAGCAGUUUUUUGGGAAGCUUUAGUCCAACAUCCCCACCCCCUAUAUAGUGCUAGUUCAUCACUGGCGUCCUUGCCCUUGCACAAAGAGGGCAGGCCUUCCAGUUGUUGCCUUUCUCUGACAACAAAUAGACCAGGGGCUGUUAUUCUCAAGCCUGCAUGUAAACCUAGGGCGAGGCAAGGCGGGGCUCAUCCAAGCCCGGAGUAGGGCGACGGUGCUCCCCUCCCUUGUCCUGGGGAAGGAGCCUGGCUAUAGCUACUCUCUAACCCUGCACGCCCAGCCCCCUAGUGCCAACAGGGACCAGCACAAACCCUGCGUUGGGAAGCUUCCCCCAGGCCUGAUGGGACUUGAUAAGAAAACGGCAGGUCCUCUGCCACACAGGUCCACUGCAGAGCCGGCUGGUUGCUCAGGGCAUUCCGCUCUGGGAGGGAGAAGCUGCUGCAGCUCCUCAGCUCACGGCAGGAGAAAGCCCAGGAGCCUGACAAGUUAGUAAUUACUGAAAAAAAAAACCCCACCAAACCCAAACUUGGAAUUAAUACACGUAUAACUGUAGCUAGCAAAGAUUUUCUAACCCACAGUCCCAUUUAUAUGCUAGACUGCCAUACCUUCCAGCUGGUCACGUGCAAAAUGCAUCCUGAAAUUAGUAUUUAGGUUGUUUGCCAACCCAAACAGCAGUGCACAAGCUGCAACACACCUCAAAGGGAGGAUUUAGCUAGGUAAACACUUUGUCGUGUGAAAAAUCCAACACAUCCUUGGAAUUACUGUAUUUUACUGUGUAAAAACGUACAGAAAAGCCUAAGUGCAUGGGCCAAACUCAUCUUACCUGCGGAUGGGUGGAAUUAGACUAAAGGGAAGGUGGUUUGAUACCUACAUCCUCCGAAGAGCCCGUCAUGGCCUUGGGCUCGGAGGGCGGGUCAAUCGGAACUUCCUCGUGCUGGUGGGGUCUGUCUGACGAUGUGUAUCUUGUAUCCAUGUAGUUCCUUGUCUGUCAGCUGGUAAGCUCUUUUAUGUUCACUGUAACCACUGCCACAAGCUCAGAAAGGCUAGCGCUGCUGUGGAAGCUGGGGUGCUUUUUAGUCUUCCUUUUUACUGUUUUCCUUAUAAGAUUGCAUAAAUUUUUUUGUUGUGAUUUAAAAAAAGUCUGGGAAAGUACAAAUCGAAGUGAACACACUGGCUAAUCAGGCUUGUUUUAUAUGAAAAAUGCACAUUGACCUCACAAUGAAUGAAAUGAAAAAACUUUCUAAAAAACAAAAACCCCAAACAAAACUUUAUGCCUUAGAUGGAAGCAGCAAAUCAUUGCUCAGUCUCCUCUCAUCCUAGCAAAAUGAUGAAGGGUAUUAUUUAUGCCACAAAAUUGCCAAAUUGAAAAAAUUACCAAAACCCCCCGCGUCCCCCUUUCAAAAAUACCGUAAUUUUGAAAAGCGAAAUUCACCAUAUCAGUGCUGGGGAGUAAACCUCAUAGUUAUUUUAAGUUUUAUUUUAAGUUUUGGUUUUUUCCAUCUUUUUGCCAUUACCUGCAUUCCUUAAAUUUCUUUUUUUCAUAUGUAAAAUGAACUAGCAAACCCCCAACCUUUUUUUUUUUUUCUUUUUCUUUUUUUUUUUUGGAAAUAACUUUAGAGUCUCAAUAAUGUUUUCACCAUCAAAUCAUGAAAAACCCUUUUGUUAUUUCUCUUCUUUAACACAUAACAUGUUCCUCCUUUGACCCUCAUUUUCCCUUUUUUUCUCUCUCUCUCCCCCUCUCCCUCCCUCUCGUCUGUCCCCCUCGUCCACCGAUCUAAUCCUGCCCUUUCGUGGUUGCCGUCCCUCUGUCCUUCCCUCCUCCUCCUCCUCCUCCUCCUUCUCCUCCUGGCCCCACCGCCCUGGCUGGACCCUCCCAACCUGUUUGUUCCUCUUCC